AUGGCCGGUUUCCUGCGAUGCCCGGAACCCAGGCAAUUCGUGCUGCAUCGAUGGGACAUGCUACCUCUCUCGGUAUCAACGUGGCGGCUCGACCAUCUUCUCCGAAAAGGCCGGUCGGGUGGGCGGCGAGCAGGUCAGGCGGCCCGCCAGAGUUCCGCCAAUGCCGCAGGGCGCACGUCUGCUGCUGCUGGCGCAGGCCAGCAGUUCCGCCACGCUGCAGGGAGCAACACCGCCGCUGCUGCAUCUGGCGGGCUGCUUGGCGAGACCGCUGGGCGCACGUCUGCUGCUGCUGACGCAGGCCAGCAGUUCCGCCACGCUGCAGGGAGCAACACCGCCGCUGCUGCAUCUGGCGGGCUGCUUGGCGAGACCGCUGGGUUGACGUCUGCUGCUGCUGGCACAGGUCAGCAGUUCCGCCACGCUGCAGGGACGACCUCGGCCUACACUGCACCGGGCGGUCAGCUGCGCCAGGCCGCUGGGAGCAGCUCUCCUGACCCUCCAUCUGGCGGUUUGUUCCGCCAGCCUGCGGGUCUGACCUCCGGCGAUCCUGCACCUGGUGGUUCGUUGGGGCAAACCGCAUUGAACAGCUCUCGUGAUCCUGCACUAGGCGGUCCGUUUAGCCAGGCCGCUGGGAGGAGCUCUCCUGACCCUGCAUCAGGUUGUCGGUCAGGGCACGAGGAUGGGAGGAGAUCCGCUGACCCUUCAGCUGGGGGCCAACUGGGACAAGUGGCUGGGUGGAGCUCUGCCAACACUCCUACUGGCGCUCAUUUGGUCCAGACCGCUGGAAGACCUACAGCCGACCAUGCUCCUGACGAGAUGCGCACGAUAGCUGCUGGGCACACCUCCACUGAGACCCAUGAUGGCAGCAUGUUCCUGCCGUCAUGCGAACCGGUUCCGGACGCCCCUUUCUGCCCGUCUGCUGGCAUGACCUCUGCCGACCCUGCUGUUGAUGGCGUGUUAGGCCAGGCUGCUUGGAGGACCGACGCCAAUCCUGCUGCUGGCGUCCUGCUAAGGCCAACCGCGAGGCGCAUCCCCGACGACACCAACACUAACGGCGUGUUCUCCCCGCCUGGAGGCGCCGAGCUUGGCGGCCACUUUGGCGAGGCCAAUGGGAGGACCUGGACCAACUCUGGAGCAGACGAGCCGCUCAUCCCGAACGCUGGUGGAACCGAGGCCGGUGAUGCUGUGGGCGGUCAGACAGGAGAUGCGUAUGGGCGGGCCACUACACACGCUGCUGAUCAUGAACUGCACGGGCAUGUGGCAGAACCGACCUCUGAUGUUGAAGAGGCGCGUGCCGCACAUCGUGCUCUCCAGCGUGAGAACCAGCGGCUGUUGAAUGAGCUUGAAGAGCUUAGGCGUUCGCUUUCUCGGUCAACGUCACCUGCUGAGACCUCUGGUGGUGCGAGCGAGCAGCAGGAACCGUCUCCAAACUCUGGGAAUGUCGCAGCUAAUGUGCAGCCAGGAAGGCAUCCCAUCAUACCGAUCAACGAUCGGCUGCUUGGGAGGGCCGUUGGGAACGCUCACGCCCGGGGAACCGAGCAUGGCCUGCAACACUUGACCCCGGAGCAGGAGGUCCUCGCAUUCGACCUUGCUGCAGCGAUGAGGCGAGUCCCCGAGGUCAACAAAGGGCUUUAUGUGGCAAUGUUGGAUGCACUCACCGUUCUUUUCUGGGAUAUGCCGGAUGGUAGGAUGGACUUUUGGCCAUCUCGGAAGGUGCUGCUGGGAGCGCUUGCUGCUGCUUUGAAGUACAAGACGGUUGCAGUCCCACUGGUGCACAGCUGCAUAGUGCUCACAGGCGAUUCAAGGGAGGGUGCUGAAGACUCUGUUCUCAUCCCACCUUGUCUCAACUCCCACUUCCCUCCUCUCUCUUAUGUGCCUUCCCCAAAUCCUUUCGAUGGGUCUUACGAUCUGUACACGUGGCAUUGCAACCAGAACGGGGUCCCUUUCUCCAACGCUGUCUUCACGCGCUUGAUUGCGGCGUCUUUCCGCCGCGAUGGGGAGGAUGUCCUUGUGCUGAAGCUCAAACAGAUUGCUUUUUGGCUGUAUGGGGUGAGUGAGUGUGACGUCCUUUUCUGA